AUACAUCACGGCUACGGUGCCGGUCGACUUUGGCUUAAGUUCAGUAUCUUUGAAGUCGUCUCAAAUAUCCGCCUUCCCGACAUUUCGUAAAAAUAGUGGUGUGCCGGUCAGUUCAAAAUGUACGAGAGCAGUAGUUGUAGCAACUCUUCGUCGCCUUCAUACAGAGAGAGUGCUGAGCUGGUCGCGUCGGAAUACGAAGAUUUUUCUACCACGAAAUUGAUGGAUUUAACAAACGCCACCGAUAAAUACUUGCCGGUAGCUUUGCCUCACAUGGAAGACAACAACCACCAGUCGCAGUUCAGUUUUUACUACCAGUACAACAGGGAACAGCAGUUCCUGCAGGACAACGUUAAGUACUACGACAAUCAGUAUUACCACAAACCGUUGGACGCUAACAGGAACCCCCCAGAACCCCCUCAAUACCUAGACUCAAAGCUCCAACUGGACAACAUGGACAUCAAGGUGGAAAUCGAAGACGAACCAAUGCACAUGCUGAAGUCUAAAACCUACGGAAGAAAGAGAAAAUGCACGAGUUCAGACGACGAGAAUUCCUUCAGCGGUAAGAAAUCCAGAAGGAAAAUGCCUCAAUCGUACGAAGACGUGCAAAACCAGAGGAUUAUGGCUAAUGUUAGAGAACGUCAACGCACUCAAAGCUUGAACGAGGCUUUCGCCAGUUUGAGGAAAAGCAUACCCACCUUGCCGUCGGAUAAGCUGUCGAAAAUUCAAACUUUGAAGUUGGCGUCCAGGUAUAUAGCAUUUCUCUAUCACGUUCUAUCGACGUCCUCCCCUGAUCUCACCGGCGAAAACGACAUUUUGGGCAACGUGUGUUCUUACACGGCACACGAGAAGUUAUCGAGAGCUUUCAGUAUGUGGAGGAUGGAAGGAGACUGGAAUACGCAACUCUAGAAACACCUUAAGAAGUUAUACUUACCUAUUUGUUUUCUGUGAAAACUUUUGUUAUGUUUGUUACGUGAAUCUUCCAUAUUUCAGUGAUAAUCUAGUUAGGGAUGAUAAUUCAGUUGUGACAAUGGUUAAAAAUUGAUCUCCGACAUUCUCACCUUGUGCUGUGUUGUUCAGAUUGUUUCAGAAAUAAUAUUCAAAAAGGUUAACAAUGCAAAUCCGAUAAUGUACGAAUACUUUACCUUGUCGAAACUAACUUAAAUAACUGGGAAAAGACAAAGAGCCUAUUUCGGUCUUUCAGAAUUCUUUUUUUCGUUUUUUCGAAUGAAUUACAAGUUCAGUUGUGGUAUCUCGGUAUGGGGCCUUCAAUUCAUCAUUCCCGAUCUAGUUGGGAUGUUGCAUUUUAUUUAUUUUACUCGCCGACAUCGUAAAGUGUUCGUUCAUUUGAUACUCUAUGGGAAUUUUAUACUGGGACAGCUGUUCUGCGACAUUUUUUCUUGUAUGACACUACGAGAGUUGUUUAAUUGUCAAAUUUAAUGAUAUUAGGCGUCAUAUCCCAUUACAGACUCGAAUGGUCUUAAUUUAGAACACCUAUUCAUUUUUCUCGUUGGGUGAAUUGGUGGUAUUCAGUUACCAUGGGUAGGUUAGUUUUGUUGUUGGAACUGCAGAUUUCUGCGUGAUAUACUUUUAUUUCUAAGAUUGAUUGUAUUUAUUUUUGUUAUGAAUAAACUAUUUUUGUAUAUAAA